AUGCUCCAACCCGCCCCAAUCCACACCCUCCCCCCAACCGACCCAACCCUAACCACCCACAUCCCAACCUUCCUCUCCCCAACCACCACCCCCCAAAAAAUGCAAUCCACCAUCCACGCCCUCACCACCGAACUAAUCACCACCGCCAAAACCCACGACCCAAAUCUCACCAACCCAACCAUGAUCCCCAUCCUCCGCGGCGCCCUCCCCAUGUACGUUGCCGCGGCUCCCCUCUUCCCAACCACGACCUGCAUCCUAGCCCGCUGCAGCAAGAAAAAGGGCACGAAGGAAGUGGUGGUCGAGUGGCCGGGUCGAAGGCCGUUUCCGCCGGCGGAAGAUGAGGGCAAGAUAGUGGUGUUGGAUACGUUGGUUGCGACGGGGGAUACGGUGGUUCGGGUCUGUGAGGAGCUUUGGGAGAUGAGUUCUGGGACUGGUGGUGCAAGGAGGGAGAGGUCGGUGGUUGUGUUGUGUUGUUAUGCGGCGCCGGAGGCGUUGGAGAGGAUUGCUGCGUGUCCGGUGGUGGAGUAUGUGGUUGUUGCGAUGAGGGCGGAGAGGUGCGAUGAGCAUGGGUAUUUGGUGCCGUAUACUCAUGGCGAUAUUGGGGAUAAGAUUUACGGGGCUGCGUGGAAGGGGAAGCAGGAGGUGGUGGUGGCGGAGGGGGAGGAUGUGGAUUGUGUGCUUUCCGGGGUGGAGGGUUUGUUGGUUAGGAAUGGGGGAUUGUGGGAGUUGACGGGGGAUGGCUUGGGUAUUGAACGCGAGAUUCGGUUUCCUUCGUUUAAGAAGGCUUGGGCUUUUAUGCAGCUGGUUGCUGAUGCGGCGGCCAAGUAUCGUCAUCAUCCGGAGUGGACGAAUGUCUAUAAUAAGGUCUCUAUACGCUGGACCACGCAUCAACCGAAAGGUUUGACCGAGUUGGACGUGAAGCUGGCCCAGCUCUGUGAUAGUUACUGUGAAACGUAA